AUGGCUUCUGAGAUCCACUACCCCACCGGCAUUGCAGCGGUCUGCGAACCCGAGCGCAUGCGCAUCUACUUCCAAAGCCCGAGCGGCCAAAUCCGUGAAACGCAAUACGAGAAGGGAUGGAAGGGCGGCAACAUCGGCUCCACGAUCGGCAACGCCCGAUACAACACCCCCCUGGCCGCGGCCGCCACCCCAGGGCUGAAGAAUAUCAGCGUCUUCAGCCUGACCGACUUCAACACGAUCAUGCAGCGCACCUACGUCCCGAACUGGGGCUGGUCCUACGGCGACAUCGGCUACUACGGCAUCCAGGUGGCGCCGUACUCGAAGCUUGCGGCGGCAUAUCCGCCCAACAGCGACGACGACCUGCGUGUCUAUGCGCAGAAGACAGACGAUACGAUCCAGGAGUGGAAGUGGACUCAAUCCUCCGGCUGGACAGCGGGCGAUAACCUAGGCAAGGCCCUCCCCGGCACAGCCAUCACCGCCACGCGCUUCACCAACGGCAGCGAGUCCGCAAUCCGAGUCUACGUCCAACACGCCAACAACGACAUCGUGCAAAAAUGCCACAACGCCAGCAAAGGCUGGUACGACAUGAACCAGGUGAUCGUGGCAUCCGCACCCUUCCGCACCGCGAUGGCCAUCACAAACUUCCACUCCGACCCCAACGACACCGACGUCAACCUCCGUCUGUACUGGGUCACAGCCGACGGCGGGUUCUGGCAGUGGUGCUGGGGCUCCUCGGGGUUCCGGGACAAGCGCAAGAUGCACGGGGCCACGCUGCCAAGCUCGCAGAUUGCGGCGGUUGCGUGGGAUGGGAAGCCGCCCGAGCUGAGGGUUUAUUAUCAGGGGGGCACGAAUGGGACGGGGAUUACGGAGUGGGCGUAUGGGAAGAACGCGCAGACGAGUGUUGGGAAGACGGCGAAGGAUCCGUUGCCGCCGGCUUAG